CAUUGCCUCAGUCAUCGGUUUUUCUGACUACGGCCCUGAAAUGCAUUCAGCAAAUCGUCUAAAAUUUUGGACGAAUUUUUUUUCUCAAAUUUCCAACAUUUUAUCCAUACCCAUUCAGUUUUCAGUGAGUGUCGAAUUAUAAGUUAUUCAUAUGAGAUACUACCAAAAUCGAUUCUUAACCUAGUGGCAUGUAGCUCCGACUCACUCAAGCUUUUAAUUCACACGAAUUUUUUAUAUACGAUUUCAAUUUUUACACAUGCCUUCCAUGCAUGAGUCUAAAACUGUAAGCUUAUAGACUUAUUAAAGUAUUUCGUUUUUUGAGUAAAAUUGAUAUCUGCAAUUUCUUGUACUGUAAAAAAGAGUAAUGAUAAAAGUAGGCUUGUUUCCUUCAAAUGACGAAGUGCCAAGUAGAUUUUGCUGUUAAACAUGCAAAAAGGAUCACACGUUCGAUAAUGGUUCUGCAAAUCGACAUCUGAAGUGCGACGUGCCUGACCAAGUGCUCGUGUAGCGUCAUCAACCCCAUUUUAAAUUCUUGUUCGUAUCUCGGUGUUGAUUGACAGUUCAAUGCUGUUCCCAAUCAAGUUAAAGGAAAACACCAUUUAACUCUUGCUCACGUUUUAAUCAGAUCCAGACACAGUUUUAGUGAAAAACCUUGAACUGAUCAACAAAUACCUCAGUGUAAUAGCUCGAAAUAGUCUCAGGCUGCAUGGACACAUGAACGUAGCGGUUACAAACAACAUUUGGGGCUAGAGGUGAUCGGGCUGAUAAAAUAGUUGCGUUUACAGGUAAGACGUACUAUUGCAAAGGACAAACUAGGCUUGACAUUCAAGUCCUUCUGUUUAUUAGUGCCAGUACACGAGAGCGAUCAACCCUCUUAUCAGUUAUCUUAAGUCAAGGAAAGUUUCGUGUAAACAUUACAAGUUCAGAAUGGAUCGAGGAAAAAAUGUUAUGCAAAGAUACGAACGAUCGUCACUACUAUGUACACAACUUAAGCAGCUGUGAAAUUAAAGCUUGACUGAACAAAUUUAGGCUUAAAAGAAUGAAAGAUUGAAUCUCGCCCAAUUUACUUUUGUACCUUCUACUUCAGUAGGGGUUUGGACUGAAACUGUGCGGCAUGAUUAUUUCGUUUAGCUUCUUAAAAGGCAUUUUUAAAUGUCGAAAGGAAAACAAAAACAACAUAGAGUUUAAGGGAAAGAAUUAAAGAGACAAGCAGCUUGCUUCAACUAAAACGUGCACCUAAAAAACAAAAGCAACAGCCACUGAAGAAAAACGAGAAAAGAAAAACAAUGAUAUAAAUUAUUCGUUUAACUGGAACUUUCUUGCUUAAUAACUCAUCUAUCAAUACCUGUUGUUGUAACACCUUUAAUUGCGCAAUGUUAAUAACUUCAUUUGUUAUAUUAUUUAUGGAACCAAAUUUGAGCUGUUGUUCGAAAAUCUAGCCUUUUCUCUGAAAUUUUUUCAAAAAAAACUUUGAUGUCAUUUUUUUUUUUCAUUUUUAAUAUCACCAUUAAUGGACUGUCAAAAUAUAUCCCUAUUCACCAUAACUCAAACAUCUUUUGUUAAAUGAGUAUGCAAAGUAAAAACAGGGAACAGAAUGAUUUAUAGCUUGAAUAGUACAAGGGUUUAAAUACUUUAUGGCCUGAAAAUGUCUGUUGGCGUCGAUCCUUAUUUAAAAAAAAGACUAAAAAUGACGAGUAGUUUAUGUGGGAACCGAGAAAAAAGAAGCAAAUCAAUCAUUACAAGAUCUGUCAUUGAUCUGAAGCGAAUGUAAAGAAAGUCGAAAUGGCAGCAACAACAUUAAACGAAAAAAAAUUAUGUACGAUAACAGUUACUACAUUAACCUGCACAAAAUUAUUCUGAACUUGAGAUAAUCUGUUUUAAACUAGGAUUGCAAGACAAGUGAAAUCAUGGCCCUAUAUUACUUGUUUGGAAAGAAAUCAUAUUACUUUAGAAUUAAACUUGCCAUGAAUUAUUUAACAAAUAAAGAAGCUUAAGUAAAUAUAUUAACAAGACGGCCAUCGUCGACAGCAAUUUAAAAAACACAGCCAAUCAGAGCGCGCAGGAUUCAAGAUGUUUUCCGAAGGUUAACAAAUAAAUAUGUCUUUCUGCAUUUACCAAACAUCUAAGAUUCUCCGAACAGUGAGGAGAACAUGCACCUAUCAAUUUGACUUCAUCUCAAAGGAGUUUUGUUUAAAGUUCCUCCCGUGACUGUGGAAGCCAAGGGGCCCAUUGAUAGAUCAUGUAUGUAAAGUAGAGAACACAGUUCGUGAACAAGGAGGUUUUUUUCUUAAGGUUGGUUUUCAAUAGCGACGAAGACGUAGUCGGUGUCGUAAGAGUGCUUAUAUUUGACCUAGUGAACAUCGAAAAUUGGAUUCGCAGGCGGAGUUACAAGCUCGAUGGAAUCGGAGUCGGAAGAAUCAGAACGUUUCCAUUUUUUCCGAUUCCGUCUUCGAACCUGUCGCUUAUGAUCCAGUGAAAGGAUCGAGCGUUAUGAUUGGUUUAUUCUUCCGCUUCUGCUUCCGACUCCGACAAUCUAGUUUUGACUAUAUCAUAAGCGACGGAGUCAUAAGCAGAAUCGGUGUUCUGCUUCCGAACCCGUCGGUUUGAGCUAGUAGACGCGCUUACCAUUUGUUUUAGCUCAAAUUUCAAAUGAAUGUAGGCCUUUUUAUUCCUUCCUUUUAUUCCGACGUUUCGGGACUAUAUAGGCAUUUGGUGGGAGAUUUAGGUCAUUCUAGGUCUGUCAGUGUUCGUGUUCGUCCACAUUUUUAAUUUAGCUUUUGUUAUAACAGCUUGUAUGUAUAAUUUUAAAAUUUUCUAUCUUACUCAUUUUGUACCCUUUCUGCGGGGUCUCGAACUGCUGCAUUAGAUAAGGAAAACGUUUCCACAUAUUUUUUUGGGUCACAUCCAAAAGGUGGUUUUUUAGCGGUUUUUCGUAUCUAGCGUAGCGCAGGUUCAAACCGGUAGAACCGAUAGUUGUAAUUUCCACGGAUACAGAGUAUCUCAUUAGCCUGAAUACAGCUGCAUCAUAUAACUACUGCACGACUGACGCAAUAAACUAUUCACAAUGAAUGUCUCGUGUUAGUGUAGUGAGAAUGAUGUUGUUAUGUACUCUUGCUGUAGUUUACAAAUCUCAUUGUCUGUUGGUUUACUUUACAGCUGACUUCAGCAUGGAAGGUAACACCACUUCCUCUCCCUCGUCGACGGCCAGUUUGAAUCCUCCGCCUCUGAGUAACCUCGACACUACUAUUGUAGUGUUAUUCCGUGUGAUCGCUGCCGCUUCCUUUGUAUUCAACUUGUUGUUCUGUAUCGUGCUUCUUAGGAAACCGUCCAUGUUAAGAAAACCCCAUAAUAUUCUUCUGUUCAGUUUAGCCGUGGCGGAUAUGCUCAGUGGAAUCUUCCUCGUAGCUACUCCUGGAUACGCCAUUCCCACGUCUGCAUACCCAGUCCCUCUCGGAUUAGGCGGAGAGAUUUUUUGCCGCCUGUUUGCAAACAGAUAUCUUCUGUUUGCAAUGGGAAAAGUUUCCAUCCUUCUUGUGGCCUGCCUUGCUAUCGAGCGAUGGUACUGCGUGCUUCGGCCAAUCAGAUACAAGGAUCAGUUUAGCAGAAAACGUAUCAUCCUUUACGUUUUCGUCAUGUUUAUCAUCACGUGUAUUCUUUCCAUGAAUAAGUUUUUUGAGACUAGUCUUGAUGGCAAGAAGUGUAUUUCUAAGAAAGCACCGUACGGCAAGUAUGGUACAAGGGCUUUUAUCAUCUCCUUCAGUCUGGUCGCAUUUUACAUCCCUUGUCUGUUGACAUGGAUAACGUUUGCCCAUAUAGCAAUAAAUCUUCCGUCAUCUCCCGGGGAAAGCACUGAGAGUGUAAACAAACGGAGGCGACAGAAACUAGUACUGCGCAUGUGCGCUUUAACUGCAGCAGCCUUGACAGUUUGCGGUUUUCCUUCGCAGACCAUCUACGUUCUCAGUCCUUUUGGUAUCACACAAAUUGGCAGCCCAUUGCAUAAGGGAUUUAAUGUACUGGUGUUUGUUAAUUCUUGCAUGAAUCCGUUGAUUUAUUGUUUCACUAACAAGGAAUACAGAAGGGAAUUUAAAAAACUUUUGGGAUUCCACAGAGGCAAUGGAAUAUCUCCAGAGACUGAGCUGGGCUCGACUCGGACUCAAACGCCAGCCGGUAAAUAAACACACGGUGCUUUUCAUUAAUCGCCAAUGGGGUCUGCUGGCGCUUAUGGGAAAUGUUUCGUAAUUAAUGGCCUUGAUGCAAACGCACAGUACCAGUAUCUUUUUUAGUCUACUGAUUUACAAUGACGCCGGUCAGGUCUGGCAGUCCUGCAAUUGACUAACUAACUCCAUGAUAGAAAAUGAAGUGGCAGACAAAAAACUCUUUUGCUCUCAGCAGUUAUUUUAAAGCCCUAGCCAGCCCAUUUGAAGACCAUCAGUAACCGAAUAAGGUUUUGGUCUAAUUCUAUUCAGGAACGUCUCGCUGAAAAAACAAAUUCCCUUGCCUCAUUCAAUAAUUAAUACAAGGAUUAAUAUUAUUUUAAAUGAGAAUUAAUGUAUGGAUACUAUAUCGCCGGAACCUUGCUCAUAGCCAGUUGUUUUACUUUGAGCUCUCGCUGAAGCAAGACUAGAGGGUAAUAUCACAAAAGAACAUAACCCCAGAAGUGAUUUGAAUCCCCUUUUGAGACAAAAAGAAAUCGACAAAGUUCACUUGUAAAUAUUCUUUAAAAUUAUCUGUCUUGACGAAAUGCACCUGCCACCGACAAGGUAGAGGUGUGGCAAACUGCAAAAACUUUAAAACCAUUGAUGUACUUACUCUUUGACAACAUAGUUAUUGAAAAUAAACAUGAUUAUCACAACGUUGUAAAUACAAGUAUAUAAUCAUUUCACAGUGGCAAGUAAAUACAUAUCUAUU